CAGUGGUUCAAUGUCUCGCGGUGAGAGAUGCAAACAAGCGUAAAGAGCCAUUAGAGCUCUAGUGGAAGCAAAGCAAAGGUCUGCAGCUGAUUCUCUCUGCGUGUGUUUGGGACAUAUACUCUGAGUCUGAUCGCUGGGGAUCUAUCGCGUUGAGAAUUGAGGACACUUGAAAUGUCGUGUUUCCAGCUGCUUUUUCCGCUGGCUGUCCUGGAUCUGGAGUGGAUCUGAACUGUUCCGAUGGCUGCAGUCCAGUGAAACCGGCCUGUCUUUGGAUCUGUGUGUGUGUGUGUAUGAAUGUGUGUGUGUGCGCAUGGGUGUAUGUGUGUGUAUGAGUCCGUAUGAGUGUGUGUGUAACCCCAGCACAUUUCCUUGGAGGGGUAUUUUAGUUGUUUUUGUGAUCUAUGGGAUGCAUCUAGAUCGGGCUGGAUCCUCUGGGGGGGGCAACAAUGUGGGUUACUGGGAAGGGGAAACCAACAGGACCCUGAGGCUUGUGUAAAUGUGCUUCCCGACCGCCUCAGUCGUCUGAAAAGGUCAGACCUCCCUGUGGCACACUUGGGCCGCUGGCACUAAGAUGUCCCUCAGUAGUGACACUGCAGGCGGGAAAGGUGUGGACUCGAAUGCGGUGGACACUUAUGACAGCGGGGAUGAGUGGGAUAUUGGUGUAGGCAACCUGAUCAUUGACCUCGACGCCGACUUGGAAAAAGACAAGCUUGAGAUGUCUGGCACUAAGGACGGGGACGGAAUGGCUGCUGCCUCGAGCGCCGUAGCUGCAUUGCCGGACAACAUAAAGUUCAUUAACCCGGUGCCUCCUCCACCAAUCAAAGACAGCAAAUCCAAAGCUAAGCGUAGCAAGAAUUCCAAGGACAGUAGCAAGUCCUCGAUCCCUGAUGGGCCCAAAAAGGAUGCCCAGGGACGGACCCAAAAUGAGGGCACUGGACCAACCGUGGGAAGCGGUUCCACAGCUUUACCUUCCGGGAAAGGUUCCGAUAAAAGUAACAAAGCCUCCCGUAAUGUUCAGAGUGGAAAAAAAGACAAGGAGGGUUCUGGGAAAAGCAAGAAGGAGAAAAACGAAGGGGUGCAAGCUGGGAACGUGAUCUUGGAAAAGGACCCAUUGGCACAGGUUAUGCCUUUAGGCCAGGCACGCAAUACCCCGUUUGAGGGGAUGCAAAAUUUGGACCUUGUUGGUGCUGAGCAACUAGGGAAUAUUACCCUUGAUACCACUGGAAUAGUCACACCUUUGGCUAUCAAGAGUGAACCAGAAGAAGUGGAAAAUAAUGACUGCAGGACCGUGAAAAAAGUGAAAAGUGAAAAGAUGGAGUCUCCGGUCUCCACGCCGGCACCGCCACCGCUCCACCUCCUCGCUCCUGUCGGCAACAGCGACAUCUCCUCCUCGUGUGAGCAGAUCAUGGUCCGCACGCGCUCCGUGGCCGUCAACACCUCUGACGUGGCUCUGGCCACCGAGCCCGAGUGUCUGGGGCCCUGCGAACCUGGCACCAGCGUCAACCUGGAGGGCAUCGUCUGGCAGGAGACUGAGGACGGUAUGCUGGUUGUAAAUGUUACCUGGAGGAACAAGACGUAUGUGGGCACGCUUUUAGACUGCACUCGACAUGACUGGGCCCCCCCACGGUUCUGUGAGUCACCCACAAGUGACCUGGAGAUGAGGAAUGGCCGUGGACGGGGUAAAAGAAUGAGGCCCAAUAGCAAUACGCCAGUCAACGAGAACAGCAACUCUUCUGAUAAUAAAGGCAGCAACAACAGCAAGACUCGAGCCGCGUCCAACUGCAAAGGGCGACGGGGUAGUCAGCAUUCCUCUGAGCGGCGCACCCCACCAAACAGCAACACUGAGGAUGUAAAAGCUAGUCCUUCAUCUGCUAACAAACGCAAGAACAAACCUGUCUCAGACAUGGAGCCCAAUUCCAGUUCAGAGGACACUAAGGGUAGCAAACGUAUGCGAACCAAUUCAAACAGUGGAUUACCUCAUACUGUUCUUCCCCUCUCCAACGUCAAAGCUGAAUCCUUGCCUCCCUCUUUGGAUCGCAACUGCCCCUCACCAGUGCUUAUCGACUGCCCCCAUCCCAACUGCAACAAGAAGUACAAGCACAUUAACGGCCUGAAGUAUCACCAGGCUCGUGCUCACAAUGAUGAUGACAUCAAGCUGGACAUAGAUGGUGAUAGUGAGUAUGGUGAGGACUCCACUUUGCACCCAGAGCCAGGCAGUUGCAAUGGUGCAUCCAUUUCUCAGAAGGGAUGUGCGUCUCCUGCACGGUCAGUCACCCCCAAAGGCAGAGGAUUUGAUGCGCAGAGCCCAUCACCAUCAUCAGGAAAGUUCAGCUCCAAGCAGCCUGGUAAGAAGAAAUCAGAGGCUGAGCAUGACUCUGGUGUGCCCAUGGAUGGCUGUGGAGAUGGCCCAUGUCUUACAGAUGAGACAAGCAACGAUGGCAUUGAUGAUAAAAGAGGUUUGGACAAAGCUAAGAAGUCUGGCAGUGGUUCCAAGGCAGACAAGCUCGCUCAGAAGGCAAUGAAGUCUGCAAGGCCCCUUGUUCCUUCCUUACCUCCACAGCAGUUGUACGCCUUACCAACCUCUAGCUUCCCUGCCCCCAAUUCUGGCUCCUCCUCCAGCAUGGGCUCCAUGGUCCAGUCCAUUAGUAAGAGCCCCCAACUAAAAACGAUUCAACCCAAACCUGCAGUAAUGGGAGAUCCCUCAAUGAACCCAGCCUUGGGAAGCUCUAAGGACAAGAAAAAGAAAGAUAAGAAAAAGAAGGAGGGUGGUAAGGAAGGAGACAGUCCAAAAGCCCCUGGCAAAGGAGGGAAACCUGAAGAAGGCAAAAGCCCAUAUUCUGAGAGCUCAGACCAAGGCAGCAAGAGUGAGGGGCUGUUAAAUGGAUCCACAGAUCCACAUCAAAGUCGGCUAGCCAGCAUGAAAGCAGAGGCGGACAAAAUCUACAGCUUCUCUGAUAAUUCUCCCAGUCCUUCUAUAGGUGUGGCCAGUCGGAUAGAAAGUGGGGGGAUGGCGCAACCUCUCACUCCACUUCAUGUGGUUACCCAAAAUGGGGCUGAUAACUCUUCUGUGAAGACCAACAGCCCAGCGUACUCAGACAUCUCUGAUGCAGGGGAAGAUGGAGAGGGAAAAGUGAAGGACAAGUCUGAGGAUCAGGCAGUUCGGGAAGGUGCCAAGAAAUCCCUGUUCCCAUCCCAACCACCAAACAAAGACUCUUCUUAUUACCCAGGUUAUGAAACGUACUACUCGCCCAAUUAUGUCAACCCAAACCCUAGUACAGGAGUUUCUAACACUGUCAUAUCAUUCCAAGAUGGUGCAGUGAAGGUGAAAAAAGAAGACGACCCAGAACCUGGGAAUGACAAGGGCAAAUCAGAGCCAUCUGAAGAUCGAAAGCCAGAAAUAGUUGCAUCCUCUCAGCAGCCACCGCAGCCUUCAGUCAUUCAGCAGCGUUCUAGCAUGUUCAUGCAGCCCCUCUAUUACAAUCAGUAUGCUUAUGUACCUCCCUAUGGCUAUUCGCCUGAUCAGGCCUACCAUAACCACCUGAUGAGCACAAACCCAGCUUACAGGCAGCAGUGUGAGGACCGGCAACGGCAAGCGGCUGAGCAGCAUCGUGCUGCAGAGAAGAAAUCAGAGGCUGCUCAGAAGGAUAGGGAAGCAUCCAUGAAGCAAGAAGAAUGGAAGCAGAAAGCUUUGGUUCCUCCUACCUUGUCUAAAGCGCCAAGUCUCUCAGAUUUGGGCAAACCGUUCCCACAGGGCAAGCCUAAAGAUCCCUCGGAGCCUGGCAAGUCAGUCAUUAUCCCCAAAGGAGAAGAUGGCAAGGGACAGACCCAGCAAGGUGAGGGGUUGAAAAUGAAGCUAAGUGAAGCUGGACAUAAUGCGAAAGAUGAGCAGAAACCAGGCCUUGAGUCUGGGAGAUCGGCUAUGGAGCAGGCAAUGUACAUGUACAGACAGGACCCAGACUCUCGACUGUGGCCCUACGUUUACCCCAGCAAGUACCCCGAUGCUCAGAAACAGAUUGAUGAGGAGAGAUGGAAGGAAGAGAGAGAGCGGGAUCGUGAGCGUGAAAGGGAAAGAGAUCGGGACAGAGACCGCGAGAGAGACCGGAAAGGCAAAGACGGAAGGCUGCGUCCUAAAGACACUCCCUCCAAAGAGGAAAGCAAGGAAGGGGCUGAACCACGAACUUUGGCUGCCUCAGAGGAGCAUAGAGGAGUCAGCAAAGAUCCACGAGCACAUAUGCAGUUUUCCUCACCUCUGCCGCAGCACCAGUCGUAUAUGUCUUACAUGCACGGAUACCCCUAUGGCCAGGGUUAUGAUCCCAGCCAUCCAGGAUACAGGGGGAUGCCUACUGUCAUGAUGCAGAAUUACCCUGGGUCAUACCUGUCACCAGGGUACUCUUUUUCUCCAUAUGGCAGUAAGAUGCCACCUGGAGAGGAGGGUGAGAAGGCUCGUGCCAGUCCUACAGUGAGUGGCAAGUCUGCAUCUGAGUCUAAAGCUCUGGACAUCCUGCAUCAGCAUGCUAGCCAAUACAAGAGCAAAUCGCCCACGGUGGGUGAAAAGAUGCCCCAUGAAAGAGACAGAAGUGGGAGCGAGAGGGAAAGAGACAGCGAACGUCCGAGAUCUUCGCCCUCUCAGAGGAUCAUGCCUUCCCACCAUCACCUAGGCUAUCCACUACUCCCAGGACAGUAUGACCUGUCCUAUGCUACAGGGAGAAGUAACUGGCCGUUCUUCUGCAGACAUGUGACUGGUUCACAUGAGGAUGUGAUGUGGAGCUUAUGACAUCAGUUCAAUGAUGUUCCCGAUUUCUUUACGGUUCUUUUUUCUGGAUUUCCCGGCGUCUUUGACCAACACCAUCAGAGAGGAGAAAGUGGAUGCCCAGGCUUCUACAUACACAGCGAACUCCACCUCGGGAAGCACACAUCCGGACGCCUCCCUCUCUGUGCUGCUGGCUACAUACUCAGGAGAGAGGAGACACAAUCUGUCUGCAGAAACGUCAUAUGAUGCGCAAGCUCUCCGAAAAACAUGGACCUACAGAGUUUGGGAAAUCUUGAAUGAACCUGGAUGCAAAGACAUUCUGGAAGUCACUACUUUGUGUUUAAAGCAUGGGCAAAGCAUGGAGUGCUACUGAUCUGGACUGCUGCUCUAGAGCCAAGAGGAUUACCAAGGUUGUUUUUUUGUUUUUUUGCCCCGAAGGAUUCCAGCGUCUUUGUUGCCGCUCUUCAUCUUCAUACAUUUACAUUCACAGUCUAUUUGUGGACUAUGCAAGUGGAUAAGGCUUGGUUUUCUUCAUUCAGUUCAUUCAGGGCAGUAAAUUCAAAUUCAUGUUACCAUUGUGAAGCUAUCGUCAACAUACUUGAGAGUAGACAGUUCUUUGUCCAAGAGGCAUUUUUUUAAACGCACUUCCCUGUCUUUAUUGUUCAUAGUUAUGUUUCUUUCUCAUUAAUGGAUGAUGAACAAAUCUCUCAAAGUCACUCCAUCAGCUUAGCACUGGUCGUUUUGCUGUGCAAAUGUUUUGUUCUCGAACGGGCGACUUUGCUUUUGCAUUGGUCAGUUCUCGCCAUGAAUAUAGCCGAGGUAGCUCGUAUGGCGUUAAAUCAUAAACAAACAAACAGCAUUGGUCGGAUGAACAAUGACUCGAUUUUCAGUUAAGUGAUGGGUCUUCUGACGUUUUGGAUUAUCCGGAUCGUGGAGAGAAGAUGAAGCAUUGGCAGCUCUCUGACAUGCUUACAUGGAGUGUCCCAAAAAACAGGAACUUUGACUUCCAGACUGGAUUUACGGAUUUUUCCGGCCUGUAUUGACCGUUAUCAUAUGCGGACACAAGGCUAUCUGCUUCUCCCAGGCUCUAGAUAGUCAUUUGGGACACGAUGUGUGUGUUUGCCAAUGGAGUUACCAGACUCUAUUGAACUGUGUGUGUCUGGUCACGAACUGAACCUUCACACACGGAUACUUUGCUGCUUGCGAAUCUCAUGCCAGACUGUAUGAGUGAAGUCCAAAAUGGGGUGAACCUUGAAGGCUUAGAGCGAUCCGAGUAAGAUAACCCCAAAAGAGGCUUAGAGCCGGCAUCCAGCUUCCAGACUUCUUCUACUUUGGGUUGGUCCACAGACUUGCGGAGCACGAAACAAGGAAGACCUGAAAAACCGUUCCCUCACUUUCUUCUGUACGUGUGCAUGGUAUAUUCCAGCACUCGGUAAAAGCAUUAAUCCAAACGGAGAGCAAUGCGACACAAGCAGGCGUCCUUCCUUUUCUUCCCUCACUAUGUGCUUUCUGUAUAUAUUGUACAAAGGAAUUAUUUUAAAAAAGGUUGUUGGAUGCUAUCGGAUUGUCUUACUCUCUCUUAUUUUUUUGUCUGUUAGCCUUUUUUUCUACCAUUGUUGACAUAAUAUCAACGUUUAGCUGGUAUAACGGCUUUAUAUUGGAAGUGUUUUUGUUUUUUUACUACUUUUUCUACCCCUCCUCUUCAGCGUCAAGUCGGUCCCACUCUGCUUUGAAACUGUUUAGAAGCACAUGUUUUGUGUUUAUUGAAAUAAAGUCAUUUUUAAUAAAACGUCAGGAUUUGUAGACAGCACCCCUGCAAAACACAUCGCAAUGGCACGUUCAUAUUUCAGAAGGGAACUAUGGCGAAGUAAGCGACAACCCGAGUCCGGUGCUAUCUGGAGCUAGUUUUUCCAGUUCAUCAUCAUGCAGUUAUUGUGUGAAUCUGAAACUCUCAGGAGAGCAUUAUUGAAAUCUGAGCCAUUUAAAUCAUCCUGGCAUGUUCAUCGCUCUCUGCUGUAUUCAGACUUGAUUAUUGAACAGCACAGAGAAGAAGACAUUACUUAACGUAAUUCAUUUAUAGUGAAGAGGCGGCUUUUCCCCCAUGUUAAACAUGACCGUUUGUUUUUCAUCUCAGUCGUGAGACAAAACGGCAAACGUUCAGUAUCUGCAAGAUGGGUUUUUUGCUCCUUAAAUUUAUAACUGAGCAUUAAUUUCAAUGUCACCACAAACCCCUAAUCUGAUUUUAACUAAUGCUCAUGCUAAUGAGGCCUAAUGGCACAAUGCAUUCGUUUUAUUUUGUUGUAGGAGAGACCCGGGCCAGAUCUCUUUAAGAAUUUUUAUUUUAUCCUCUCUGUGCAGAUGGAAAACUUUACACUUUUUAUGCUAUAUUUAGGACCAGCUUUCUCUACCUAAACCCUAAACAGUAAAUAAGAGAUAUCGCAGCACUGGUCUCAGAUCAGCAUCAAAAGGCUCGCGCUAAUACGAGAGAGUUAGGAUUUUUAUAUAUAUUAAUAACCUCACUUUUAGUUGUUCUGUCUUCGCGCAUUUAGCCAGUAAACCCGUGCUGUCUGGUGACUUGAUUCAUAAUUGUUGAGGAAAAAGCGCUUGAUUGUUUUAAUUUAUUUUUGAGGGUUCUUCUUUUGUUGUUGCUGUUGUUUUUUCUAGUUCAAGUUUUCUCCUUGUAGAAAGACGAAACGGCCGGUUUUAACAGUUCAAACAUUCGUUUAUAUUUGUCUCAGACGGUGCUAAUAUAGACUGCCCUGUGCGAUCCUUGUGGGAAGAGAAGAGGGAAUUUGCUUUUUUGGUAUAAUUUCUAUUUUCUGUUUUUAUUAGGCCCCUCCCACAACCCAUCCCACUAAUUAAGCCCCACCCACCCCUCAUCCAUAGAGAGCAGCGGCUCAGUGUCGGUCAUCGGUACUUGAAAGAAAGAUGUUUACACCUCUUCAUUUCUGUGUUUGGAAACACUUCUCUUUGUACACCAUCGCUCUCUCUUUCCCUGCCUUCCUCACUGUCUAGCUGUCUCUGUCCCACUCUCUCUUCCUAGGGAUCUCUCAUGUAAAGUGUAAAUUGCUACAUUUUUUAUACAAUACUGUAACUUGCCUUUGUACAUUUAGGCAGAAAAUAAAUCUUUUUAU